ACACACACGCGCGCGCUCGCACCCAUAUGUUGAUCUCAGGCUUAUAACGCGCUGCUCUGUUGUUGUUGUUGUUGUUGUUUGUUUUAUUUCCCCCCGGAGAGGAAACAAUCGGAUUUCUGAUCAGCAGCGAUGCUGAGUGGAGGAGAUGGAGCUGUGAGAAUUCCGCCCAUCAUCCGCCUGGGAUGAUCCGAGUGCCGAGCUCAUGGCCUGUUGAACACCAUUAGCCCUCGUCACUUCGGUCCAGGCAAGGUCAUCGCUUCCUUCAUUCUUCCAAUCCCCACAUCCCCCAUCGCCUCCUUCUUCAGCCGUGAGUGUAAGACAGGCACGUACUUCCUUCUGGAAGUCAGGGUGUACCAUGGAAAGCCUGAGCGAGCUGCAGAACCCUCUGCUGGACAAGAAUAGCAAGCACGUGGUCAAGGCCGACUACGGCUACAGGAGUGACUUCCCGAGCAGCCAGUACCAGGAGAACAUCAUCAACUACUUCGUGACCAGCAGUGGAGGCAGAGGUGGUGGAGGUGGAGGUGGAGGUGGUGGAGGAGGCGGUGGAGGAGGUGUUGGCGGUCAGGUUGGGGUCACGGCUACAAACGGUAAAGCUAAAGCUCAGCUACUGGAUGCAACUUCGCUCCACCUAGCAGUGGAAGCGUUUUACAAGCCCAACUUCAUCCUCUACAAAGACGACGUCACCGUCAAAGCCAAGGACUACAAAAGCGAGUGCUGCGAGACUACCUUCACUGAAAAGAAAGAGAAAGAGGUGUGUGUGGAGACGCCCAGUGCUGAAGAUCCCCAGGCUAAACUCUCAGAUGAAAACGAGGUGAAGAUCCAGACGGUGUCCUAUGAAGUGGAGGAGGAGGAAUACGUCGAGUAUGAGACGGACUGCUCCAGCGACAGCGAGAGUGAAGAUAACUUCAUCGUCAUUCCUCCUCGUGAUCACCUGGGCCUGGCCAUCUUCUCUAUGCUCUGCUGUUUCUGGCCUCUGGGCAUCGCAGCCUUCUACUUCUCUCAGGGGACCAGCAAAGCCGUGACGAAGGGCGACUUCCCGAUGGCCAGCAUCGCGUCCAGACGAGCUCUGUUCCUGGCUGCUCUCUCCAUCACCAUCGGCACCGGGGUGUACGUGGGGGUCGUGGUGGCCCUCAUUGCCUACCUCUCCAAACCCGGACAUAUAUAGCAUCGCUAGGAUUGACAAAUGACUGGAAACUGGAGUAGCACCUCCGACAGACCUCCCUCUCACAAACACAUCCCCUGCUCAUUUCCUUUUGCUCAAUGAAAAGAAGAGGACAUUUGGGAAAUCUCGGGAACUCUUUAUUGAAGAUGGACGGGAGGGAAUGCCGGGUCUCUCGCGGUCGUGGUCUUGGGUCGCGCUUUAACCGGAGACUCUGCUUCGUUUUAUUAUUUAUUUUAGAGACGCCAUUGCAGUAACCCAGACGUUUUUUUUUUUUUUUUUUCGAUUAAGGAAAUCCUAAUGGA